AUGAACAACAAAACUUAUCAGUGUCAGCGAUGCUCUAGAUCCUUUGCUCGACUAGAGCAUCUUCAACGUCAUGAUCGAUCACAUACCAAGGAGAAGCCGUAUGUUUGCGUGAAAUGCCCUAAGGCGUUCACGCGCAAAGACUUACUUGCGCGCCAUGAGCGGCUAGCCCAUCAGGCAGGGACAAGUCCCGCUGCUAGUAGUCACCAAACAGUAUCACCAUCCCCGGCCCAUCCAACCGUAGAUGGCCUAGGCACAUUAGCCUCGGUCGUGACAGAUCAUGCGCAUUCAAUCCAUCAGUCACCAUCCCUGCGCCAUGGCCAGUACUCGGCCACUAUGCCUGUACAUCGUGGGUCCAUGGUUGGCUCGCAGCUGUCUCACCCGGGAAAUUCUCCAGCAGGGCCAACCACGCCCCUUCAGGGAUCUGACUUUGCAUACCCAAUGAGUGGUAUUCCCACCGGUAUCUAUGAAGGGAAUGAUUUCACGUCUUUCUUAGAUAGUGUUCCUUUACCAAGCCACCCAUUCUCCCCAGCCUUCCAGCCACUUCCUUUAUUUCCUCCCUUACAAUUUUCUCCUGGCCCAGAGUAUGAGCAAACAUCCGAUAGGGAACCAACGACAGAGCCGGCCUCAACACCAUCAAGCUCUGUUCUUCCACGCCAUGGAGCACAACUACCAUCUCUCCAGCCAGAAGGAUAUCAAUCUCCAGCCGUCAAAGCAAGGCAACCUACAGGAUUCAUUCCAGUAACAGCGCAAUGCCGAGAAAAGAUCCUUCAUGGCUUAGCCGAAUAUUCAAAUGUUGUCCCAAAUCCGACUCUCCCUUCGCGGCAUGCUUUAUCACGAUGUCUUACAGGUUAUAUGAUGGGAUAUCAUGAUCACUACCCGGUUGUGCAUAGACCGACUUUUGAUGUUGAUUCUAUAUCCCUCCACCAUUUUCUUUCCAUGGCUGCCCUAGGUGCGCGCUAUUGCCGUGAGCCAGAUACUAGCAUGUGGCUCUAUCAGAUUGCGAAGCCUGUUACUUUGGAACAUGUUCGACGGACGUUCCAGUCAGGCUCAUUGCCAGAAGCAGAUGCGACAAAUAGCGUUGAUAUGCUUGAAACUAUCCAAUCAUUGCUUUUCUUGAUAUCCGUUUCUUCAUGGUUUCUAAACAACCCACCAUACUGGGAGGCGCUAUCUAUUCGAAGUACAAUGGGAGCACUUCUGAGGAAAGGAGGUCUCAAUCAAUUGCCCGAACAAGACGGAUCCUGGGAGAGCUGGAUCUUUCGCGAGCGAGUCAAACGCACAAAUUUGAUUGUGUUCUGCUUCUUCAACAUCCACACCAUUGUAUUCGAUAUACCGCCUGUUAUUCUUACAGAGGAACUCAGCCUGGACUUGCCAUGCACUGAGAAAGAAUGGCAGGCAUCUGGACCCGACGCAUGGCAGGCGGCUCGUAGCCAAAGUCCUGGAGAGCCGAAGUUUCAAGAUGCCCUCUCUGCGCUUUUCAACCCUAACGGCGAGGUGGGGCGCUUCUCUUCACUCGGAGGCUAUGUCUUGAUACAUGCCUUGCUUCAGGAUAUCUGGAUUAUGACAAAAGCCAGUCGCCUCACUUUAUCCCGCAGCAACCGCGCCAACUUGGCGAUAGCACCGGCACCAGAACUCAACGCCUUUGAGCAGGCACUGGAGCGGUGGUGUCAAUGCUGGGAGCGUAAUCAGGAGUCAUCCAUUGACCCAUUGAGCCCUCACGGGCCAGUCUCCUUCACAUCAGCGGCUUUACUCCGGCUAGCGUAUAUUCGACUCAGUGCCGAUUGUGGUUCAGCACGGCAGCUUCAAUCCUGGGAUCCGGUUCAAAUAGCGAAGAGUCUUAAAGACAAUCUAUCUGUACAACGUGGCGAUCGUCUGACUCGAGCAGCACUCCACUGUGCCCACGCACUUAGCACACCCGUUAAACUGGGGAUCGGCUAUGUGGCGCAUUCGCAAGUUGCACUCUGGUCAAAUCAGCAUGCGCUGUGCUCGCUUGAAUGUGCCGUGGUAUUAGCUAAAUGGCUAGAAGCGGUGACAGGGCCAAAUCCAGGCUCGGCCUUAACGGAGCAAGAGACCCGAUUGCGGGACUUUGUGAUUGAAAUGGUGAUGGAGGUGCAGCAUGGCGUUUCGAGGGAGUGGCUCUUAGCCACUAAUACCAGGCUUAGUGCUGCAGUGACCCGCCUUUGGGCGCGCCUUUUCACAGCGGAUUAUAUUUGGGAAAUGGUUAAUUUGAUUGGAAGGUCAUUGAGUAGUUAUGCGGAGUUGCUAGAACAAGCCGGAUAG